AUGCCCUUCGCGCAGCUUGUCCUGGGCAGUCCGGGUGCUGGAAAGAGCACCUACUGUGAUGGCAUGCACCAGUUCAUGGGCGCAAUCGGACGCGCAUGCUCUGUAGUAAACCUAGAUCCCGCAAACGACCAUACCAACUAUCCAAAGGCCCUUGACAUUCGCGACCUGGUUAAGCUGGAAGAUAUUAUGGCUAGUGACAGACUAGGACCUAAUGGAGGCAUUCUCUACGCCCUGGAGGAGCUCGAACACAAUAUGGAAUGGUUCGAGGAGGGUCUCAAGGAACUGGGCGACGAUUACAUCCUGUUCGAUUGCCCCGGCCAGGUCGAGCUCUACACACAUCACAACUCGCUGAGAAACAUCUUCUUUAAGCUGCAAAAGCUUGGAUUCAGGUUUGUCGUCGUACACCUGUCCGACUCCUUCUGCCUUACGCAGCCGUCGCUGUAUAUUUCCAACCUGCUCCUGGCCCUCCGUGCCAUGCUCCAGAUGGACAUGCCACACAUCAAUGUCCUAACGAAAAUCGACAAAGUCGCCACAUACGAUUCCUUGCCCUUCAACCUCGAAUACUACACCGACGUCGAUGAUUUGUCAUAUCUUAUGCCUUACUUGGAAGAAGAGUCGCCGGUGAUGCGCAACGAGAAGUUUGGCCGACUGAAUGAGGCCGUCGCAAACAUGAUUGAGAGUUACGGACUGGUCCGGUUCGAGGUGCUAGCAGUCGAGGAUAAGAAGAGCAUGAUGCAUCUUCUCCGAGUUAUUGAUCGAGCGGGUGGAUACGUUUUUGGAGGCGCAGAGGGUGCCAACGAUACCGUAUGGCAGGUCGCUAUGCGCAACGAGUCGUCGAUGAUGGAUGUCCGAGACAUCCAAGAGCGUUGGGUUGACCGCAAGGCCGAGUACGACGAGCUCGAGAGGAAAGAGUGGGAGGAGCAGGCCAAAUUGCGAGAGGAGCAAGAUCCCAACGCAGGCCAGCCGGAUCAGGCCAUGGAAGACUACGAUCCAGACUUUGGUGAUAUGACGGUGCCGGCAGAUAGUGGCGUUAAAGUAGUGCGCAAGAACAAAUGA